AACUGUAAAACGAGUGUAUCUUUAGAUGGUUUAAUAAAGACUCUUGAUGGCAGCGAUUGAUAAAGUUAAAAUUAUCGUUGUUGGCGAUUCCGGUGUUGGAAAAACAUCCCUAACACAUCUAAUAUGUCAGCAGCAGCCUAUCAGUAACCCUUCAUGGACCAUAGGUUGUUCAGUAGAAGUUAAAUUACAUGAAUACAAAGAAAGAACCCCAAAUCAAAGGCGAUAUUUCAUUGAAUUAUGGGACAUUGGUGGUAGUCAAAAUCAUAAAAACACAAGAUCUGUUUUUUAUAAUCCUACAAAUGGCAUAAUAUUGGUCCAUGAUUUAACAAAUAGAAAAUCACAGCAGAAUCUUCAGAAAUGGCUUGAGGAAGUAUUAAGUAAAGAUAGUAAUUACAUGAAGUCAAAACCAUUUGAUGAUUUUGAUCCUGAAAAAUUUGUGGGCUCUACUCAGAUACCAAUUUUAGUUAUUGGUACAAAGUUAGACUUAGUUGCUGAAGUGAGAUCAAGUGUUCACAGACGUUCUUCAACUAUUGCAGAAGAAUGUGGUGCUGAUGAAAUAUUUUUGGAUUCUCGUCAAGUGAGAUCAUUAGCUGCUGGUUCUAGUUCAUCUGUAAAAUUGAGUAGAUUUUUUGAUAAAGUCAUUGAAAGACGCUAUUAUUCCUCAAAAGAAGGAAUUAGUCCUGAUAAACGAAGACUACCAAUGUACAAUCCAUCAUAUAGUACAAAAAUUUAUCAUAAUGACUAA